AUGAGAUUAUUAAAAAGUCAUGUAUUACUUAGAUUAUUUAAUUCUUAUGUAGUUGAUUCUCCUCAACCAGCUAAUUUAAGUUAUUUAUGGAAUUUUGGUUCUUUAUUAGCAGUAUGUUUAAUAAUACAAAUAUUAACAGGAGCAUUUUUAGCAAUGCAUUAUACGCCAAAUGUAGAUUUUGCUUUUAAUAGUGUAGAACAUAUAAUGAGAGAUGUUAAUAAUGGAUGGAUAGUAAGAUAUACUCAUGCAAAUGUAGCAUCUUUCUUUUUUAUAUUUGUAUAUAUGCAUAUAGCAAGAGGUAUUUAUUAUGGUUCAUAUAAAUCACCUAGAGUAUUAGUUUGGUCAAUUGGAACUAUAAUUUUAAUAUUAAUGAUGGCUUUUUUAAAUUAUGGGCCAAAAUGCACAAAUACUUACUUUGAAAAUUUGAUAGCUUUUUUAGGAUAUGUAUUACCAUAUGGACAAAUGUCAUUAUGGGGUGCAACAGUUAUUACUAAUUUAUUAUCAGCAAUACCUGUAUUUGGUCAAGAUUUAGUUGAAUUAAUAUGGGGUGGAUUUUCUGUAUCAAAUGCUACAUUAAAUAGAUUCUUUUCUUUACAUUAUUUAUUACCAUUUUUAUUAGCUGCAUUAGCUUUAGGUCAUUUAAUAGCAUUACAUGUACAUGGAUCAAAUAAUCCAAAUGGAGUUACUUCAAGUGGAGAUAGAUAUGCAAUGCAUCCUUACUUUAUAUUUAAAGAUUUAGUAACUAUUUUUGCAUUCUUUUUAAUCUUAUCUAUUAUAGUUUUCUUCUAUCCUAAUUUAUUAGGACAUUCUGAUAAUUAUAUUCCAGCUGAUCCUAUGGUUACUCCUGCUUCUAUUGUACCUGAAUGGUAUUUAUUACCAUUUUAUGCUAUAUUAAGAAGUAUUCCUAAUAAAUUAUUAGGAGUAAUAGCUAUGUUCGGGUCAUUAUUAAUAUUAUUAAUAUUACCUAUUGCUGAUUUAUCUAGAAUUAGAGGUUCUCAAUUUAGACCUGCUAUGAAAUUAGCUUUCUGGUUCUUCGUUGUUGAUUUUAUAAUUUUAAUGUGGAUAGGUUCUCAACACCCUAAUUCUCCUUAUGUUGAAAUUGGACAAAUCUCUACAGCAUUCUAUUUUGCAUGGUUCUUAAUUAUUGUACCUGCAAUUGGUAUAGUAGAAAAUACUUUAAUGGAUAUUGCUACUGAAUCUUAA